AUGUGGCGUAUAGCGCCACUAGUGAUGCGACUGUUAGUCGUAUCACUGGUGGCGCUCGUCUUUGCCGAGCCCGGCACUGGCGGCGGCACCACAGUAAUGGUUCGGAUGCCCGGCCGCAAAAUGAAUUUGCCGAUACGGCCUACAGCACCGAUGCCAAGAAAUAAGGAGCGCCGCCAACGUAAUCGACGACGCACCACCACUACCACCACUACAACGACGACUACCGUAGAGCCUGAUGACGAAGACGAGUAUGAACCUACCACAUCCUUACCAACUACCACUAUAGACCCACGCACAUACGAUCAUACCGACAUCGGGAAGUGUGAAGUACCACUAGGCAUGGAAAACGGGAUGAUUUCCAACGAGUCCCUGUCCGCUAGUUCCAGUUACGACCAAAGCGUAUCCCCGCUCAGUUCAAGGGUACGUACUGAAAUACGGGGUGGCGCUUGGUGUCCAAAUGGCUUAAUCACAUCCAGAAGCCGUCAAUACCUUGAAAUAGAUCUACACGACGAAUACUUAAUCACCGCCACCGAAUCUCAAGGACGAUUUGCUAACACGAUUGGAGUCGAAUUCGUGGAAAGCUACUCUGUGGAAUAUUGGCGUCACGCUCUUCACCGUUGGGCCAAAUACAAAGAUUUCAAUGGAAGUGGACUUAUCCCCGGCAAUGUUAAUACCUAUACACCUAAGAAGACAACUUUAGAAGCUCCGUUUGUUGCAUCCAAAGUAAGGUUUUUCCCAUACGCUGCGCACCCUAGGACGGCGUGCAUGAGAGUCGAACUCUACGGCUGCCGCUGGAAACAGGCUAUUGUUGCGUACUCCGCACCUAAGGGCGGCGAUAUGCAAGCAAUGACUGGUGGAGCCCGAUUUGAAGAUCUAGCUUAUGAUGGUGUUAUACGAGGAGAACGGCUGUUGAACGGGUUGGGUCAAAUGACCGAUUCUCUUACUGGCCCGAAUGAUUUUGAAUUACCUGAUCCCAACGAUACCAGAGGUUCUCGCUGGGUUGGCUGGAACAAGUCGAUGCUGAUUGACGAUGAAAUUGAAUUGACAUUUAACUUUACUGACACUAGGCUUUUGCAAUUUGUGGAUAUUCAUACAAAUAACAUGUUCACCAAAGAUGUUCAGCUCUUUAAAGAAGCAGAAGUAUACUUUUCGUUGGAAGGAGAGCGUUGGCAAGAAGACUAUAUAUCACACGAACCCAAACAAGACAAAGUAUCAGAGCACGCUCGGAUUGUGCAUAUCGACCUGCAAAACCGCACCGCGAAACACGUAAUGAUGAAACUGAAGUUUCAACAUGAAUGGAUACUAAUUAGUGAAGUCACUUUUAAGUCAGUGCCAACGGUCGUUAACGCUUCAGUUGAAUUUUUGGAUGAGUAUUAUCGAACAGAUAUUCCUCCAUCGUCGAGGAAGAAAAGAAACUCGUCUUUAAGGGUCUCCGUAGGCCUUGCUUGUGGAGCUCUAGUGGGAGGUGGCGCCUUCAUAGCAACAAUAGCAGUUAUACUUACGAAACGGGUUCGAAGAAGGAUUCCAAAUGUUCUCAAGAAACCAUUUUGCCCUUCAUUAAGAAACGGAAAUUCAAACGCUAGGAACAAUCGACGCACUCCGCGGCUCGCUCUAGCACUAGCAAACUGUCCACCCAUCCAUAUGUUACGGCCAGCAGUCGUCGACGAAGACUACAGAGAGCCUUAUAACAUAUGGAAAGAAACACUAGGGCGCCGUGACAAACGCGAUAACUUGGACCAGAACGAAUACAACGAAAUUUGCGAAGAUACCGAGUUCCCGCGGCCAUACAUGAUGAAGAGACCUGACCCUCACGAGAACUUUUACGCUGCUACAGAUAUUAUACACCAUCAAAUAGUUCUUAAUAUUAGAAGAAAUUAA